ACAGAAUUAAUAACAAUCAAAACCCUCAACCGACCUUAACUUCGCAUACUGGUACUGGCAUCAUAGCCUAGCGCACGAAUCGUAUACCACAAUGGGCCACGGGCUAUCCACAGAAAGACCACAAAUCACGAGGUGCUCCCUUCCCAAAGAAGUCGUGGUGCGAGCAACACUAACUAGUAUCCGCCAAGCAGCUUUCUUGAAAGUGAGAUGAUAGCUCUGGAGGGAGCGGAUUCCGUGAAGGUUUAUGUGCACAAAGGGCUGUUGAAGGCACAUUCCAAAGUUAGUGGGGAAUGUUGGUGGAGUUGCUUCCACAGCGACACGAUUAAACGGUUCGUCGAAUACCUCUACCAAGGGGACUAUACUGGCCUGCUACCAGGUUCUGCCCCCACUGCGGCCCCCGGCAGCCUUGCCACUCCCAAGUCCCUCAACUACCAAGGCGUAUUUGUCAGCCAUGCAGAACUAUUCAUGCUUGCAAAAAGUAGGGGGAUUGAUCCCCUUGGAGAGAUAUGCAUGGCAAAGCUUCAGGAGGAUAUGGGGAAAGCUCAUGAAGAACUGCCCGACUCCAUGUUCUCAGAAAACGUAGUUGAGUUACUCCGAUACUCCUACAGCCACUGUUACAUGAGCGACAACCCCGCGUGGGGGGAACUUCAGAAGAUCACCUCCAAAGUCUGUGUAGAAAAAAUAGGGUUGAUUCUUGAAAUGCCGGGUGCUAGUUUGCUCAGUGGAGAAGGGAAACUGAUGAAAGAUCUCAUGAUUGGAGCCGUCGAGCGUCUCAAAGAAGCUGAGAGCCGCCUUGCAGAUAUGGAAAAGGGUAAAAAACCGGCUGCAACACACCGGCAGGGAUAUAGUGAACAGAAAGAGGUAUCAACUUCCCCCAGGUUAUAUCAGCACCAGCACAAGGCCGCUCCAAACCCACCACCGUGAAAGCAAGUCUAAAGGGCUAAUGAAAUAUUCUAGAGGUCUGGAUCCAGUUCAGCCACCCCUUGGUGGAAAUUUAGCACUUAAUCACCCCGCGAAUCCUUUCCAAAAUUCGAUAUCUUUUCCCCCGAAUACCCCCGAGGUUGCUGAAACUGCCGGAUGGUAAUCUUUUUGGUGCCGAUGGAAUUUCUGCCCUCUGGGGUAACCCCAGAGCGGGUCAAUACUUUUGGAUUAUUUGCAAACUGGAGGGUUCCCCUGGAAAUGAACACAAGAUGUAUACUUCGUAUUUUUGGCGGGAUAAAAAGAUCCAUUUUUUUCUUUCUCCUUUGUAAAUCUCCUGUGUACGUGUGUUGGGCUUCUCCUCCCCCUCCCUAUAUGUCUCUAUUUUAUUACAAGGAAAUCUUCCGG